UACAAUAAAAGACAGUUGUCCUAUGGCGGAAAUUUGUAUCAAUAUUGUUGGUAAUUGAUGUAACUACACUUAUGAGUAUCUUAAUCAGGAAACCAAACAUUUUACUGUACAUACAGGUAUCUAAAUCAGGAGUCCAAACAUUAUACUGUACUUAUAGGUAUCUAAAUCAGGAGAGUCCAAACAUUAUACUGUACUUAUAGGUAUCUAAAUCAGGAGAGUCCAAACAUUAUACUGUACAUACAGGUAUCUAAAUCAGGAGAGUCCAAACAUUAAACUGUACUUAUAGGUGUCUAAAUCAGGAGAGUCCAAACAUUAUACUGUACAUACAGGUAUCUAAAUCAGGAGAGUCCAAACAUCAAACUGUACUUAUAGGUAUCUAAGUCAUUAGUCCAAACAUUAUACUGCACUUAUAGGUAUCUAAAUCAGGAGAGUCCAAACAUUAUACUGUACAUACAGGUAUCUAAAUCAGGAGAGUCCAAACAUUAUACUGUACAUACAGGUAUCUAAAUCAGGAGAGUCCAAACAUUAUACUGUACUUAUAGGUAUCUAAGUCAUUAGUCCAAACAUUAUACUGUACAUACAGGUAUCUAAAUCAGGAGUCCAAACAUUAUACUGUACAUACAGGUAUCUAAGUCAUUAGUCCAAACAUUAUACUGUACAUACAGGUAUCUAAAUCAGGAGUCCAAACAUUAUACUGUACAUACAGGUAUCUAAGUCAUUAGUCCAAAAAUUAUACUGUACUUAUAGGUAUCUAAAUCAGGAGAGUCCAAACAUUAUACUGUACUUAUAGGUAUCUAAAUCAGGAGAGUCCAAACAUUUUACUGUACAUAUAGGUAUCUAAGUCAUUAGUCCAAACAUUAUACUGUACAUAUAGGUGUCUAAAUCAGGAAAGCCAAAACAUUAUACUGUACUUAUAGGUAUCUAAAUCAGGAGAGUCCAAACAUUAUACUGUACUUAUAGGUAUCUAAAUCAGGAGAGUCCAAACAUUAUACUGUACUUAUAGGUAUCUAAAUCAGGAGUCCAAACAUUAUAGUGGUAUGCUACUUCAGAAGUGUUUUUGGCACAUUUUAUGAGAUUGUUUAUUUGUACAAACUUCUACCCCUGCACUAAGAAAUGACUCAAGGCUUUGAAGUUCAAAAGAAGAAGUGAUUGAAAACUUCAUUAUUUUCAAUCAUCUUACUUAAAGUAUGCUACAUGUACAUGAUCUUUUCAGGUCCUGAUAUCGUCUGCUGGUCUACAGAUUUGUUUCCCAAGGAUCCUGGAUCAGGAAAGUCAUGUGGUUGGCACCAGGAUUCAACUUAUAUAGGCAUGGAUCCACCUGAUGCCCUGACUGUGUGGGUAGCCCUCACUGACUCAGACAAAGAGAAUGGCUGUGUGGAAUUCUCCUCCAAAAGUCAUCUAAAUGGACAGUUUGAUCACACAAACACGAUGUCAGAUAAAUCCAUGCUGCUGUAUGGUCAAGAAAUUCCUGUGGAUGUAGACAAAUCUACUGCUGUCCUUGCAGAACUGACCGCAGGUCAAGCGUCUGUCCACCAUGUGAUGACCGUUCACUCCUCCGAACCAAAUAACAGUGAAAGGCGCCGGAUAGGUGUAGCCCUACGGUAUUGUGGUGCCUAUGUGAAGCAGAAGGCAGAAAUUGGAGACUCUGUCACCUAUGUGUGUGGACGUAACUAUGGAAAUUUUCCCCUUGAGCCUCGGCCAUCUCAGCUUUUCGGUGAGGAAGAGGUCCUUGCUCACCAAAAAGCCUGUGGCCCAGUUGGACCACAGGACUUGAUAGCUGUCAAGUAAUAUAGAAGUAUUUGUGCACACCAAACUGUUCAGAGAUGGUCAUGAGGUGUAGGUUGAAGUAACAGAUCUUGCAUAUAAAAAAUGUUAGGUGUGCUCAAGGUUAUUUUGCAUACCAGAUGGCUGGUAAAUAUGUAAAUAGUAAGAAUAGAUUAAUAUUUCUCUCAUGGUUUUCAGAUGAAAUGUCUACAUUCAUUUUACUCAGGGUUAUACAUUGUACAAGGGUUAAUUGUCUAUACAUUCAAUUUUUGUGUGGGAAAUAUUCACAUAACUUCAUAAUCAAGAUUAUAGAAUGUUUAAUAAAAAUGAUUUCAUUUCAACUAUUUGGUAGGACUGUUAAUUUUAGAAAUUUGAACAACAACAAAAAUGUACAAACUUGAUUAAAUAAAUUACAUAAUCACAGCUGGCAAUUUCAAGGUCAUGAUCACUCUAGAUUUUGUGAAAACCCUUCUUGGAUUGAAAUCAGAUAUAUCAAAAUAUAAUUCUCUCUGCUAAUAUGUAACAUUGUUUGGUGAAGUAAAUUUGACUCACUAAAAAGUACCAAAUAAGAGACUCCACUAGGCCAUUUAUUAAUGGUGAAAGUCCUGGGAAAGUUCCGCAGACUUUUUACAGUAAUAAAAACUAAAAUGGGUUGUAUUAUACGAUUGCUGUGCCGUGCCACAUAAAACAAGGGAGCACAACUCCUGCGCUCUCCAAUUCUUUCAUAGUGUAUACCGACCAGUCGCAAACAAAGGACUAAUUGAAUUUUACUUAUAAUUUUAAUAUUCUAGAUACAGGGGCCAGUUAGACUGGCCUCUAGCCCCUAAGUUUUUUUGGUAGAACUGCUCCACAAAUUCUAAUACUAGAUUGUCUUCCCCUAGUUUGAAACUCUGAAUCAGACAAUCCUAGAGAGUGAGACCAAAAUCAUUAAUGUCCAAUUCAAUAUUCUUGAGACAGAUAGCCAGUCUAAUGAUCUGGAAAAGAGAAAUAUUAUAACCCAACAUUUUAUGUAUGUUUAUCGCUGAGAUUUAAGAUUUAUUGAACAGGACUUUAUAUCUUGUGGAAGCGAAUGAUAUUAAUUAGAAUUACCUUAAAUCAUUGUUGCUGGCUACAUUUUCGGGGGCCCAUCUCCCCUUCGUAAAGCCAUUAUUUCUUGACCAAAAUAUGUUUUGAUCUUAUCAAAAAAAAAAUUUGAUAUUUAUAAAAAAAAAUCAUAAUUGCCUUGCAUGAUGAAGGGGAAAUGCACCCCCAACAAUGAUUGAUUUUUGUUUGUACUUUGUUGAUUUGUUGAGAAUUAAUUUUGAUACAAAUAUUAAAGUACUGUAAACAUACAUCGUUAAAAAAUGAUUUCAUAUUUAGUGUGUCAAUCGAUUCAUUAUUGCAUUAUUUGUUAAAUAAUUAAAAUUUUACUGAACCGAAAUACAUUUACAGCACUAAUGGAGAAAGACUAAUGUUUGCCACUGUUCUUUUCAGAACUGAUCUCUUUGAUAUCUCAUAAGUGUUGUUUGUAGGUAGACUUAGGUAUCAGAUGUUUACUGUAUACUUACAUUUUUAUUGAAAAUAUUAUUUUUGCGAUUCUAACGGUGGACUCUUUCCGCAAAAUUAUGAUUGUGUCAACUGUAGUUUCUGUACAUUGUUUCUAUGGCAAGCAUUCUCGAUGUGCUAAUUUAUUGUUUUAAUUUGGUAUGUAUAUGACCAAUCUAAUGUUAUUUGAUGGUUUGUUAUGAUUGUGUAUCAAAGCAAGAAUUAUCUUCCUGAGAUAUCGUAUUAUUUCUAUGAUGUCAUACCAUAAGGGACAUAACUCAUAACUAAAAGCUACAGUGGCUGUAUCACAUGAGAAAUGUACAGUAUUAAAAAAAUCAUCAAAGUGUCAUUAAAUCAAAUCUUUUAAAUAAUUUUCUUAUUUGGUUCAAGAUGAUGAAAUUGAGUCCAAAUAUGAACAGAAUAAUAUAUUAAUAUAAAUAUAUACUUUUUAUGAUUGUUUUCUUUAAUGAACUUCAUACAGUAAAAAUAUAUGAAAAUA